AUGGGUUGCUGUCAAACUAAAAAACAAGCAAAAAAUCAAAAUAUCAAAGAAGGUAACGAUCAAGUCAAAAGCCUUGAUGACUACGAUUCUCUGCAUCAAGAUGAUCCAGAUAAGAGAGGAAGACGUAGAACAUUUUAAGAAUAGAAAGAAAGUAAACUGAGUGUGGACACACCCAACGAUUAGUAGCACGAACUUAGUAAUUCAAGAGCGACUAAGGGAGAAAGACCUUUAAAGAAAUAGCAGAGGAAGUCUACUAGAGUUAAGGAGGGUGCUGAUCUCCUUGACGAAUUGAAAAAGGCAGUAUACAAUAACGAUGAAGAGCUGUUGAAUGAAUUGCUAGAGAUUGAUCCUGAAUUGUGUAAUAUGAUGGUCCACGAGGACAAAAAAGUUCAUAUUAUUCAUAUUGCAAGCAAGUAGAGCGAUAAUGAUAAAAUCGUCAGAACCCUGAUAGAUAAGGGAGCUGAUAUAGAUUGCACCGAUGUUAAGAACUGGACGCCACUGAUGAUUGCAGCUAUGAACGCCAAUAUUGCAGUUGUUAAGCUAUUAGUGGCUUUGGGAUGCAAUUUAAGUAUGGAAUCAUCAGAUGGAAAAACUGCUAGAGAGUUUGCAGAAGAGACUCUUCUUGAGGAGCAAGAGAGGAAGAACUAGGAUAUAAAGACAAAGAAAAAAAUUGCUGAUUUGCAUAAAAUCAUGUCACUUUUACCUGAUGAAUAAAAGGUGGAUGAUGAUCAUGUAACUCCUAAUAACCCUAAUUCAAGGCCUAGCAGUGUUUAUAAGAUGAAUAAAAUAUGA